GUAUUUUAAAGAUUGCACAUGUCCAAACAGAACAUUUGAGAAAUAACGAUAAGAAGUAAAGCUGGUUUGCUGUUCGCGUCAUGAGGUUUAGGUUACAGUUACACUUAAUAGUUGUAGUUUUAUAUUUCAACUGAAUGACAAAGGUAACGCGUCAUUUGUCCUUUAUAGUGUCACUUUUGAAUAACAGGACACACACAAACAGGUCUGGCAACUCUCUCGCCACCGUACGCCCCGCCCUCCAUUGUUGUGUCAAACAAAGCCAUAUCAUUCUCGCCGAUGAUUGGUUGAGCGUAACGACCGACAGCGCUCCCAUUGGCUGAAGACCCCGUCAAUCAAGUGUGCGGGAAAAAUGCUUAAAAUGUACAGCUCCGGCUUUCGAGUGGCACAGAAAGAGAGAGGGAUCGGACGCAAGACGGAAUGAUGUGACAAAACGGACUCUUACGGAUGAUUUAGGGUGUAUCUGAGCAGUAAUGGUGGCACGGACGCGUUUCGUUUCGACCGGGGAUUGUUGUUUUUUUUGUGAAUGGGGAUUUCGUCGCAGGCCUCGGACGUCUGAUUCAUUUUCAUCAUCUGAUUGAUUUAGCACUGUGUUUUAAUUUGUGAAUUGGCGAGAUGAAGAGGGUUAAUAGUUUCCAGAGGUUUAUGAACACCCGCGCGGCUGCAAACUGCCGUUACCAGCCCACGUGUUAUGAGCACGCGGCCAACUGCUACACCCAUGCGCUUCUGAUUGUGCCGGCGUUCGUGGGAAUGGCUCUGUUACACCGGCUGUCAGAUGACCGCUGGGAGCGGAUCACGGCCUGGGUCUACGGCAUGGGUCUGAUUGCUCUUUUCCUCGUCUCCACGGUCUUUCACAUCAUUUCCUGGAAAAAGAGCCACAUGAGGACCAUGGAGCACUGCUUCCACAUGUGUGACAGAGUCGUCAUAUACUUUUUUAUCGCUGCCUCUUACACACCAUGGCUCAACCUCCGGGAGCUCGGGCCGCUCGCCGCUCACAUGCGCUGGUUUGUGUGGCUGAUGGCGGCCGCCGGGACCAUCUAUGUGUUUAACUACCAUGAAAAGUAUAAGUUAGUGGAGCUGGCAUUUUAUUUGACCAUGGGCUUCUUUCCUGCGCUGGUGGUGACAUCAAUGAGUAACACAGACGGGCUGUACGAGCUGGCGUUCGGAGGCUUGGUCUACUGCCUGGGCGUCGUCUUCUUCAAAUCGGACGGCGUGAUUCCAUUCGCUCAUGCCAUCUGGCACAUAUUCGUGGCUCUUGCUGCCGCCAUCCACUACUACGCCAUCUAUGAGUACCUGUACAGCAGUCCCUCGCUGGAGGACAUCAGGGAUGUUUGAGCGCCACGCCUGCCUCCUCUUCCUCUUUCCUCCUCCAUCACCAUAACAUCUCAAGCGGAUGCUCCAAACACCCACAGUUUAACAGUACGACCAUGCAAUGUUUACGGUUUUCUAACCAACUGGAAUCAGUGAUGUGUGUGUGUGUGUCGCAGUCCUGAAUGCACAUUUGCCACAGUUGCACCAAGACGGCAAUGUUUGUGUGUUUUCCCCAUUUUCAUUAGUAUUAUGUAAAUAUAUUCCACUGGAAGCAGAUGAAUUGUGAUUAUUUUUGAUAUUUAAUGAUUUUUUUUCCACACACACACACACGGUAGCAGUUUCAUAUCAUCUGUAGUGAAUUACUUUUCUUUACUCGUGCGACUUUCUGUAUCAAAUCUAUAUUUUUGCAUCUCAACUCACUGGGUUUUUACUUCGUACGUGCGGCUAGUUGUUUUCUACGAAGCGCUGGUGGUUUUCUACACUGCUGGCAUCUCCUUCCCCCGUGUUUCUGCUCUUUCAGCAUUUUUCUAUGCGGCACUUUUCUAACAGGACGAACCACUUCUCUUUGAUACUCCAUUUGGAUAGAAACGAUGUUGACCGCUUGUCUGCACAACCAGGAUUAUGAUGCUUUAGGAUGUUUUUUCUCAUCACCUGAACCACCUUAAAGACACACUUUGUGUCUCAAUUUCAGCACAAUAUUCGAUGGAUUUUUUGAUUAAGAAGCGUUAAACAAUGACACUAGAAUUAUGAAGAAUCUGACAAAAACAGGUCAUAUUUCAUCCCAAAAUCUUUGGAGAUUUGCAGUAUUGCAGUAAAUUUGAAAUUGCAUUGUACUAGGAAAAAACUAAAGCAUACUAUAUUUUAUAAUAUAUAAUUUACAUAU